CUUCAUACAGAAAUUACUCUCCAGCUUCGAUAAACGACAACAGCCCAAACCGGACUCUUUUGAUUGCGCAGCAUCCAUCGCAAUCAUGGCGCCACGAUCCUACUCAAAGACCUACAAGGUCCCUCGUCGACCAUUCGAGUCUGCUCGUCUAGACUCGGAAUUGAAGAUUGUCGGCGAAUACGGCCUGCGCAACAAGCGUGAAGUCUGGCGUGUCCAGCUUACUCUGUCCAAGAUUCGUCGUGCUGCUCGUCAACUUCUCACUCUCGACGAAAAGGACCCCAAGCGUCUUUUCGAAGGCAAUGCCUUGAUUCGACGACUUGUCCGUGUCGGUGUGCUCGACGAAUCCCGCAUGAAGCUCGAUUACGUGCUUGCCUUGAAGGUCGAAGAUUUCUUGGAGCGCCGACUGCAAACUUGCGUCUACAAGCUCGGCCUUGCCAAGUCGAUCCAUCACGCCCGUGUCCUGAUCAGACAGCGACAUAUCCGUGUUGGCAAGCAGAUCGUCAAUGUCCCCAGCUUCAUCGUCCGACUGGACAGCCAAAAGCACAUCGACUUCGCCCUGACGAGUCCCUUUGGUGGUGGUCGUCCUGGUCGUGUUAGGAGAAAGAAGGCGAGGGCUGCUGAGUCCAAGGAAGAGGGCGAGGAAGAGGCUGGUGAAGACGAGGAGUAAACGAUGCAAUGAAACAAGGAUCGACUGUCUAUUGUUGAUUCAGUGCCUGGCCAUUGAUGGGCGGGGUCACGGACAGUGGCAAGGGGGUCACCCUUGUGGCGAAGACGACCCGCUCCGGAAUUGAAGGCAGACUACAAGCCGGUGGCAGGGGAAGAAAGUCAAAUACGUCGAGAUUGCUAUUUUAGCAAGUUCAUCGGUUCUCAAAAUCAGAUAAGCUGAGGAACGUCAGCUUGGUGGACUAUGCAGGAAAUCUACCACGAGUCCUCAUUCUCAUCAAUACUUCC